CCAAACAAUGGACUGGUGGCUCUAACCAAGAGAGCUGAUCCAGCUGAGUUGAAAACAAUAUUUUUGAAGUAUGCAAGUGUGGAGAAGAAUGGGGAAUUCUUCAUGUCUCCUAAUGACUUUGUCACACGCUACCUGAAGAUAAUUGGAGAUGGUUUGCCUAAUGCAAACACUGUUCAGCUCCUUGCAGGUGUGGUGGAUCAGACAAAAGAUGGGUUGAUAUCCUUUCAGGAGUUUGUGGCAUUUGAAUCAGUCCUGUGUGCUCCAGAUGCACUGUUCAUAGUAGCCUUUCAGCUAUUUGACAAGACUGGCAAAGGAGAAGUUACUUUUGAGGAUGCUAAGCAAGUUUUUGGCCAGACCACAAUUCAUCAGCACAUUCCAUUUAACUGGAAUUCAGAGUUCGUACAGCUGCAUUUUGGAAAGGAUAGAAAAAGGCACCUAACGUAUCCAGAGUUCACCCAAUUCUUGCUGGAGAUACAGUUAGAACAUGCAAAACAAGCUUUUGUGCAGCGAGACAAUUCCCAGGCUGGAAGAGUCACCGCUAUGGACUUCAGGGACAUUAUGGUCACUAUCCGACCACACAUGCUUACACCAUUUGUUGAAGAAUGUCUAGUUGCUGCUGCUGGUGGUACCACUUCUCAUCAGGUCAGCUUUUCCUAUUUUAAUGGAUUUAAUUCUCUCCUUAACAACAUGGAGCUCAUUAGAAAGAUCUACAGUACUCUGGCUGGAAAUAGAAAAGAUGUGGAAGUCACUAAGGAGGAGUUUGUUCUGGCAGCUCAGAAAUUUGGUCAGGUUACACCCAUGGAAGUAGACAUCUUGUUUCAGUUAGCAGAUUUAUAUGAGCCACGGGGGCGUAUGACAUUAGCUGACAUUGAAAGAAUUGCUCCUCUGGAGGAAGGGACAUUGCCCUACAACCUGGCUGAGGCUCAGAGGCAGAAAGCUCCAGGCGAUGUGUCUCGACCAGUUCUCAUCCAGAUUGCAGAAUCAGCGUACAGGUUUGCCCUUGGUUCAGUUGCUGGAGCUGUUGGAGCCACUGCAGUCUACCCAAUUGAUUUAGUAAAAACUCGUAUGCAAAACCAGCGCUCUACGGGCUCUUUUGUGGGAGAACUUAUGUAUAAAAACAGCUUUGAUUGCUUCAAGAAAGUGCUUCGUUAUGAAGGCUUCUUUGGGCUUUAUAGAGGACUGUUACCACAGCUAUUAGGAGUAGCACCAGAGAAGGCCAUAAAACUUACUGUUAAUGAUUUUGUGAGAGAUAAGUUUAUGAGUAAAGAUGGCUCCGUCCCACUGGCUGCAGAAAUUCUUGCUGGUGGCUGUGCUGGAGGUUCUCAAGUGAUCUUUACCAAUCCACUAGAAAUUGUCAAGAUUCGAUUACAGGUGGCUGGAGAAAUUACUACUGGCCCUCGAGUUAGUGCCCUCACUGUACUACGGGACUUAGGCUUCUUUGGUCUCUACAAGGGUGCUAAGGCGUGUUUUUUGCGUGACAUCCCCUUCUCUGCUAUUUACUUCCCCUGUUAUGCUCAUUUGAAAGCUUCAUUUGCCAACGAAGAUGGGAGAGUCAGCCCUGGAAAUCUGCUCUUGGCUGGGUCAAUAGCUGGUAUGCCUGCGGCCUCUCUGGUGACGCCUGCAGAUGUCAUCAAAACAAGGCUACAGGUAGCAGCCCGGGCAGGGCAGACCACUUACAGCGGCGUUGUAGAUUGCUUUGUGAAGAUCCUUCGAGAGGAAGGUCCAAAGGCCCUGUGGAAAGGAGCAGGAGCUCGUGUAUUUCGAUCAUCUCCCCAGUUUGGUGUGACUCUUGUGACUUACGAACUACUGCAGAGAUGGUUUUACGUGGACUUUGGGGGAGUAAAACCUGUUGGAUCGGAGCCAGUUCCUAAGUCUAGGAUCACGCUCCCUGCUCCUAACCCUGACCAUGUUGGUGGUUAUAAAUUGGCCGUUGCCACUUUUGCAGGGAUUGAAAACAAGUUUGGACUUUACCUACCUCGGUUUAAGCCAUCGCCACCUACCUCAAAGGCUGCAGCAGCAGUAGGACCCUAAGCUUAUUGCUGUAGGCUUUUUGUUAUUAGUUGGGAAAGAGCCACUUUUCUAAUUGGUUAAUACUUUUGUUCCUUUAGCUUCACAUCGUAUAACAGUUUGGCUUCAUUUGAGUUUUAAGGCAAUUUUCAUCUUAAAUGUAAUCAUUUGUCUUUUGUGCUUCCUUAACCAGAUCACUGUGAAAUUCUUACCAGUUGUUUUAAGUUUGGGACCAUGAAUGUAUCUGUUCGCAUCUGACAUGAGCUUGUGUUGGGAAGACACUAAUUUUAGGUUCCAUUUAUUGGGGAGGGUUGGGUGAGAGCUGUGAACCAGAUCAUCUUACAGACAGUGCUCAGUUGCAGAUUCCCAGGGCGGAUGUCACACAUUGUCACUCAAGUGGAAAAACUCAGUGGAUAUCACGGUGCUCAAAGCGGAAUGAUUUGGACUGUACAUGUAAAUUGGUUAUCAACUUAGUGCGUGUCUGUAGUGGUCAGCAAGUCUAUCCCCAGUACCUAAGUCUGCCAGUACAGCUUCAACUUUUUAAAUAUGUACACGCACAAGUUCAGUUUCUGGAUUGUAUUAUGAAGCUUUUAUGUGGAACAUGUUUUUGUAAUGGAAACCACAUUUAUAAAUGUUUAGCCGUUGUAUUAUGUUACUAGUAUCAAAACGCUCAAAAGAAAGUGUUAUUGUCCAUAGUCUUUGCACUUUAUGGCAGUACUUUUGGCAUUCUACUACACAUACAAGGAAAUUUCAUAACUAGGUGCCUAUCUUGGGUUGCUGGUGUUUGGACUUCAGUUUGUAUAUGCACUCUAGUAAAACGCUGCUUGUUUAAAUAGCUGCAAUAGAAAAUUCAUGCACUGCAUCAAUGGUACCUGCCUUAACUGCUGGCUUGUAAUUGGCAAAUAGGUUGUUUCAGAUUCUUAUUUACUUCAUUGAGUCCACAGAGAUUAAAAUACUCUAAAAGAAAAGAUUUUACUUAAUUUUUUGGUGCCUUGCACAGUGUUUAGAAAAUUAUGUAUUUAUGAAGAUAGUAAUAAACCUUUCAAACAGAUGCA